AGAAUGUUUAUUGUCCGGACAACUCAAGCAGCCUCUCGGGAGCAGGUGUGCGUGACCUCCACACACUUCAGUAGUCAGAAUAUGGAGAACUUCUCACUCUUCAGCAUUUCUGGACCUCGAAUCUCUUCCUCUGCUAUGGGCACUUUUCCUGAUAUCACGUCCUCACGUGCUACCUGCUUGCCAGGCAUUGCAAAGACGGUGUUUCCCACUGAGGUGUCCAGCCCAGCUCAGGCCCUGCUACCCCAGUACCAAAGCAGAGCUCUCUGGCAUGGGGUGCACAACACAGGGCUCUCACCAGACUGCAUCUUGGGGGACCCCCCAAACGGAGAGCAGCUGAGGUGGAAUUGCACCAUCUACCGGCCCUGGUUCUCCCCUUAUAGCUACUUUGUACGCAAGGGCAGAGAGAGCCACCUGGAGACCUACAGCUUCCCAGAGGUGCAGUGGGACGAGGGCAGGAGGGACAACUGCCUCCCAGAGGACACGGCUGACAGCAUCUGCUCGUCCUCUUCCUCCCCAGAGAACACCUGCCCCCGAGAGGCCACCAAGAAAUCCAGGCACAGCCUGGAUUCCAUAGACCACAUCACAUCCCAGGACAUCCUAAUGGCCUCCAAGGGGCACCCGGCCCAGCAGAACGGCUACAAGUGUGUGGCCUGCUGCCGUAUGUACCCGACGAUGCACUCCCUCAAGAGCCACAUCAAGUGGGGCUUCAAGGAGGGCUUUAGCUGCAAGGUGUACUAUCGCAAGCUCAAAACCCUCUGGGGCAAGGAGCAGAAGGCCCGGCCGGGAGACAGGCUUUCCUCAGGCAGCUGCCAGGCCUUCAAGUAG